UGAAUUGAAAGGCUGGGGAACCUAUAUCCAUGAUCCACAUUUCACCUAAUGUCGAUUUGAGGGAAAGGCGAUUGAAUUCCCGACGUGAUGAAUCUUUAAUUUAUUGACCUAUCAUAUGAUGCGGCGUCGGCCCUUAAACGAAAAACAUACCACAGUUGUGAUGGCUACGAGAAACACGUGCGGCUCGUCCACCUUAUAGAUCAUUCAUAUAGCAAUAACUUGAUGAUAUUAACGAGCUUAAUUGAAUUUAUACGUGCGGGUAUAAAAAUGCGAACGACACGAAUAUGAUGGACAGUUGCGUACAUCAAAAAUGUUCUUUGUAGUGAUACUUGUAUUUCGAUUAGUGAUCUCUGUUUACGGGGAUAAUUUUCCUUCGCUUUUAACAACGAACGCAACUCUUGGUAAGUUGAUGGACUCUUGAACCCGGCGCAUCCGUAAUUUGUUCUUCUUUUUGCAAAUAUGUCUUCAGCUGUGGUUGUUGAUAAAGAAUACUUGGCGGAUGAGUACAAUAUGGUACGUGAUACAAUUGAAGAGUUUCUCACUUACGCCAAGCGAGAGAUUAUUAAACACGGCGGUGUUAACGUGCAAUUUUAUUCUUGGACGAGAAUCAACAUAAAAAGAGGCGAGUCUAAAGUAUUAAACACGUACCAAACUAAUUUUGUGAAUUUUACGUAUUCAGAUAUUACUGCAAUAUUUAGUAUAGCUUCUUGUCAGGACACCUGGCGACUCUUCAAGGCCGCUUCAGAUGAAAAUAUUCUACAUAUUGCAAUUUCAGAAACGGAUUGUCCAAGAAUGCCAGUAAAAGAAGCGUUUACAGUGCCUCUUUUAAAACUUGGCGAAGAGUUACCACAAUUACUAUUGGACAUUAGAACUUCUAAAAUUUUGGAAUGGCCCUCUGCAAUAAUUCUAUACGAUUCAAUAUUGAAAAGAGAUAUGGUAACUAGAGUUGUGAGUACAUUGACGAAAGAAUCGAGUGCUUUGAAAAAUAACGCAGCAAUUUCAUUGAUAAAAUUGGAAACGAAUUCGAGCGCAGCAGAUACUCGUCUUGCUAUAAAGGAAACCUUUGAAUCUUUGUUAGUCGACUCUUUAGGAUCUCAUUAUUUAGCCAUCGUUACCAUGGACACAAUGGAAACGGUAAUGGAUAUAGCUAGUGACAUGGGUUUGGUAACACCAAUUAACCAAUGGUUGUAUAUUAUACCAGAUGCCAACUAUGGUAAUUAUAAUAUAAGUACUGUCCAAAAAUUCAUGAAAGAAGGCGACAAUCUAGCUUUUAUUUAUAAUGCGACUGUUACUUCUCCUGAUUGUACAGGUGGUAUAAUUUGCCAUGUAAAAGAAAUUUUGGAGGCUUUCACAAGGAGCCUAGAAAUUGCUAUCCUGGACGAAUACGAAUUAGCUAGUCAAAUAAGCGACGAAGAAUGGGAAGCAAUAAGACCAACGAAAAGUGAGAGAAGACAUUCAAUAUUGUAUAACAUUAAGGCUCAUUUAUCGCAAUUUGGUGUAUGUGAUAAUUGCACAACCUGGAAGCUGCAAGCUGCAGAGACCUGGGGUAAGGAAUACCCCCAAGGCUCAACGUCUUCCAAAGAAAUUGGUCCACAGUUGCUGUACGUAGGAAGUUGGCGUCCGAGCGACGGCAGUUCAAUGGUCGAUGAGCUUUUUCCUCACGUAGCUCAUGGGUUUAGAGGAAGAAGCCUACCGCUGAUAACUUUCCACAAUCCUCCUUGGCAAAUAUUAAGAUUGAAUGAUUCUGGGCUAAUUGAACACGGAGGAAUAGUGUUCGAUAUAAUUAAAGAAUUAUCAAACAGUUUGAAUUUUACUUACACGAUCGAAGUAAUUAACUUUGAUAAUGCCAAAAACGCAAGCAGUAAAUUGAAUUCUCUGGAGAUGACUGAUUUGGUAACAAACCAUAUACCCGAUAAAAUUUUAUAUAUGGUGAGGAAUCGUCAGGUAGCAUUCGGAGCAGCAGCUUUCACUGUAACAGAUGCAAGUAAAAACCUCAUUAAUUUUACUAUGCAAAUAAGUACCCAAAGUUACACAUUUUUGGUUGCAAGACCCAAAGAGCUUAGCAGAGCGUUACUGUUCAUGUCGCCGUUUAAGAAAGAUACUUGGCUUUGCUUAGCAGCAGCUAUUGUUUCUAUGGGACCUAUCCUUUACUAUAUACACAAAUUUAGUCCGGUGUGUGAAUACAAGGGCGUUAGAUUGGGAGGACUAUCUUCAAUACAAAAUUGUAUUUGGUACAUGUAUGGUGCCCUUUUGCAGCAAGGUGGAAUGCAUAUGCCUUAUGCUGACAGUGCAAGGAUAAUCGUUGGUGCCUGGUGGUUGGUGGUUUUGGUUGUAGCAACCACAUACUGUGGAAAUUUGGUGGCCUUCCUUACAUUCCCCAAAAUCGAUAAUCCCAUCGCAACUUUGGAUGAUCUUUUGGAUCACAGGGAUACUGUUAGUUGGAGCAUGACUAAAGGCAGUUUUCUAGAAACACAAUUAAAGAGUGCUACAGAAGAUAAAUACCAAGCUUUGUACAGAGGUUCAACAGGAAUGGAUGCAAAAGCUAUUGAAAUGUUGCCUCUUAUACAAGAAGGAAAGCACAUUUUUAUUGACUGGAAAAUCCGUCUACAGUACAUAAUGAGAAAACAGUAUUUGUUAACGGGGAAAUGUAAUUUAGCGCUAGGCGCAGAUGAAUUCUUUGAUGAAAAAAUUGCACUGGUGGUUCCUCAAGGUACACCAUACUUACCAAAAAUUAAUGUAGAGAUUAAACGUCUUCAUCAAAACGGAUUAAUUGGUAAAUGGCUGAAGGAUUACUUACCAAAGAGAGACAAAUGUUUUAAAGUGCGACAUGUGGCUGAAGUGAAUAAUCACACUGUUAAUAUGGAUGAUAUGCAAGGAAGUUUCUUCGUGCUUAUAUUUGGAUUUUUAUUGGCACUAGGAAUUAUAAUGUUCGAAAAAUUCUGGUACAAAUACAUGUUGAAGCGUGAUAAAAAAAUAAUACUGCCUUAUACAUCUUAACAAAGUUUAUUAACUCCAA